CACACACACACACACACACACACACACACACACACACACACACACAAAACUCCUUUCUUUCUCUCUCUCUCUCUCUCUCUCUCUCUCUCUCUCUCUCUCUCUCUAUGUAUGUAUGCACUUGGUAGUGGAUUAAUGAAAUAGAUCUUAAUUUGAGCCAGUUUGCAACAGCAGAAAAAAUUAUCCUGCAGCAACAGGACAUUUGAAUUAAUGGACAUUUCUUUGUAGAGGUUGAUAUUUUUUUUGUCAGGGCAAAUCAAUUCUGAAAUGUCAAAGUGGAAUUACAAACUUUAGAAGCCUUUAAAAAAAAUGCUAUUUUGCAUUUUCUUCUGUGCAGGAAAAUUCUCAGUAAUUAAAUGUUGAUCAAAUUAAGAUCCUACAUUUGUAUGUGCCAUUAGGAGACAUUUACCACAGUUAGAUGAACUGCUCUAGGUAUACUGUAUAUCCCCACUCCCUCCUUCCUACCAUCAUGAUUAUUGCCCUAAUCAUAAACGGAAUGAUGCAGGCCAUUCAAUUAUGUUAGAUUCAUUAUAUUACCUCAAUCAGAUUGCAUUCAAUCUCUAACGGAGGUAUUUAGUGCAAUGAAACUAUGUGAAUAGUGGGAGUAGAGGGUCAACUAUGUCUUGUUAAUGAUCAGCAAUACAAAAGGAUAGAAGGAAGUGAAUGGGAGUCAGUGGCUGGUAUCAGUGUUUUUCUCUGUGCUCUGCCUCCCUGUAGAUUAGAUGCUGUUGUAUUGCUCUGCCAUUGAUUAGAUUAGGCAGGCUAUGGAGGCCACAGAAUCCUGGCCACAAACACACACACCUAAUGACAUCGUCACCACCUUGUCAAACUUGCCAAUAUGUCUCACAAACAGAGAAUAUCUAUCUCUCCCCUAUCUCUCCAACUCUGUGAUAAGUGAGGGAAAUAAGGACAGAUAAAAGAAAGAGAUAAGUAAUGUGCAACUAGGUGAGAUGCCUUCGUCAAGGCCCACCCACUUUCGUUGUAGGUGACCAAUCAAAUGGCAGGUACCUUAGGUUACCUUCUGCACUCCGAAAGGUGAAAGAACUGUGUGACAGAAGAAGAAGGUUAAGAAGAAGAAGAAGGUUAAGAAGAAGGUGAAGAAGAAGGUGAAGAAAGUGAAGAAGAAGAAAGAAAUAGACAGAAAGUGAUAGCGAAAGAAAUUGGAACAAAAAAACAUAGACAGAGAAAGACGGGCAGAGAAAAAGAGAGAGAGGGAGAAGAGCCAGUAAAAGGAUAGAGAGAGUGAGAGAGAGACUGACAGAGGGAAAGAGAGAGAGGGAGAAGAGCCAGUAAAAGGAUAGAGAGAGUGAGAGAGACUGACAGAAGGAAAGAGAGAGGGGGAGAAGAGCCAGUAAAAGGAUAGAGAGAGUGAGAGAGAGACUGACAGAGGGAAAGAGAGAGAGGGAGAAGAGCCAGUAAAAGGAUAGAGAGAGUGAGAGAGAGACUGACAGAGGGAAAGAGAGAGAGGGAGAAGAGCCAGUAAAAGGAUAGAGAGAGUGAGAGAGAGACUGACAGAGGGAAAGAGAGAGAGGGAGAAGAGCCAGUAAAAGGAUACAGAGAGUGAGAGAGAGACUGACAGAGGGAAAGAGAGAGAGGGAGAAGAGCCAGUAAAAGGAUAGAGAGAGUGAGAGAGAGACUGACAGAGGGAAAGAGAGAGAGGGAGAAGAGCCAGUAAAAGGAUAGAGAGAGUGAGAGAGAGACUGACAGAGGGAAAGAGAGAGAGGGAGAAGAGACAGUAAAAGGAUACAGAGAGUGAGAGAGAGACUGACAGAGGGAAAGAGAGAGAGGGAGAAGAGCCAGUAAAAGGAUAGAGAGAGUGAGAGAGAGACUGACAGAGGGAAAGAGAGAGAGGGAGAAGAGCCAGUAAAAGGAUAGAGAGAGUGAGAGAGAGACUGAGAGAGGGAAAGAAAGCGAGGGAUGAAGUAUCCGUCUGUGUCAGUGAGUAACUCUCUGUUGGACAUGGAUGUAGCCAACUACAGUGAGGGAUUGGACCCAACGUACAGCACCCUGGGCUUCGAUCAUGCUGACGUCCUCUAUGGUGGGGGAGACAGUAUGCCAGCGGAGCCGGGCCUGUCCCAGGCAGAUGUAGUGAACUCUAACUGUGCCAUAUGUGGAGACAAGGCUACAGGGAAACACUAUGGAGCUUCCAGCUGUGAUGGAUGUAAAGGCUUCUUCAGGCGCUCCAUACGCAAGAACCACAUCUACUCCUGCAGGUUUAACCGUCAGUGUGUGGUGGACAAGGACAAGAGGAACCAGUGUCGGUUCUGCAGGCUCCACAAGUGUUUCAGAGCUGGCAUGAAGAAAGAAGCGGUUCAGAAUGAGAGAGAUCGAAUCAGCUCCAGAAGAAACAUUCAGGACAAUCAGGAUCUCCCACCUAUCACUGUUCUGGCCCAGGCAGAGUCAAUGUCUCAACAGAUCAGUGUAUCCAGUCCCAGGGGUGCAGUAGAUGUGUCAGAACAGAAGUCAGCUGGUGUAGGUGAUGUCUGUGACUCCAUGAGACAACAGCUGCUAGUGCUGGUGGAAUGGGCCAAAUACAUCCCUGCCUUUGGUGAGCUGCCCUUGGAUGACCAGGUGAGUCUGCUCAGGGCUCAUGCAGGGGAACACCUUCUACUAGGGGUCGCCAAGAGGUCAAUGCCUUACAAGGACUUCCUGCUUCUUGGUAAUGGGUGUGUGAUCCAUGGUAGCAGUGCGGAGCCGGACAUCGGUCGUGUAGCUAACCGUGUUCUAGAUGAGCUGGUCCUGCCCUUCCAGGACAUCCAGAUAGAUGACCAUGAGUAUGCUGCUCUCAAGGCCAUUGUCUUCUUUGACCCCGAUGCCAAGUCUCUGCGUGACCCGUCUAAGAUCAAGGCGAUGCGUCUGCAGGUCCAGAUGAGUCUAGAGGACUAUAUUAACGACCGUCAGUAUGACUCCAGAGGGAGGUUUGGAGAGCUGCUGCUACUGCUGCCUACUCUACAGUCCAUCACCUGGCAGAUGAUAGAACAACUGCAGUUUGUUAAACUCUGUGGCUUGGCCAAGAUAGACAACCUUCUGCAAGAGAUGCUGCUGGGAGGUCUGUCGGCAGAGCCCGCCCACCUGCACCACCCAGGCCACACCCAGUUAGCCCAGGACCCUCUGACUGGACACACACUGGUCAUCAGCACUAUGCCUGCUACACACACUACUCAGAUAGACACUCCUAUUCCGUCUCCGCCUCAGGUUGCAGAGAAGUCCUCUCCUAGCCCCUCCCUCCUCCUGGCUCCAUCCCUCCCACACAGACAUACCGCCGAAUCCCCACUCUGAGUGUACAGCACCCGCCCCCACCACCGAAUAACCAAACAAACAAAACAUACUGUUUGUCCACCAUGAAUGCAGCCAAAGAAAUAGCAGAAAGCCUUUUCUAUGAUCCAAAUCCGAAUUUGAGAUCUACACCUGUAACUUGUAAAUGAAAAAAAUUGAAUUUGGAUCUCAAGUUUGCAUUCUGCCCUAUGUUUGUAAAUGUGUAAAAUGUUCUAUGUUCCCUCAACUAUUCAGUGCCAUAGGUUUUCACUCCAAUUCGGUAGUCUUUAUAGUUCGGUAGCAUCUUUAUAAAUCAUUAGAUUAUUCCUAAAGUCGGAGCCUCUCUUAUCGUGGUGUAAUUGUGAGUGUAUUUGAGCUUUCUGUAGAGGCUCAUCGUUGAAUAUGAAGCAGGAGAUUUGCUAAUCAGCAUGUACUUUAUAUACAGUAUGCGUUACUUAAAGUGCACUUAUUAGUAGUGGACUGUGUCUGGAACACAUGAUUGUCUGUUAAUAUUCAUGUUCACGUAUUGCCAUGUUGCUUGUGGUGUGGUGCUUUACAAAUACACAAACUGGAGUAUACUGUAUUUGUCAAUAAUAUAAUUAACCGUACAUUUAGUUCCUAAUCAACUUUUCAGUGUCUUUCAGUCUUUUGAGAUUACUGUUAUAAUAUGAAAUGAUAUGAAAAUGUUCAAAUUUUGUGUAAAUUCAAUUGUUUGUAUGUCAGAACUAUUAUAUUGACCUUCUAAACUGUCAAUUAGUGUAUACAAAUUAGACAAUGUAAGCUAUAUUUUGUAACUGUAUAUUAUGAUAAAAACAGAACACUAUUUUCAAUUAAUUGUAACCUAAGCUAUACGCUG